AGCAGUGCGAAAGCAAUUCAGCGAAACGAAAAAGGGCGCCCCAGUUUCAUCUAUAUCAGGCUCUGUAUUUUUUUUUAGCUGUUUGACGUCUGCAGUGUCCAGCGGCAUUGCAUUUGUAGCAACUCCGCUAAAAAAAAUAGUUAACGAAAAAGCGGAAACAUUACUGUUGUACAAAGGAAAGUGUACUAGCUAUCUGGCUCAAGCAGCAGUGGAAACGGCAAAUACCCACAGCAGCAAUAACAUCAAAAUUGGCAAUAGCUGUAACGGCAGCACUGAUUGCAACCAGGUCUUGAUCGUACGCGGUGGCUGGCUCGGAAGUACAGAAACAUUGGGUAAAAGUAAAUGCAGAGACGCUUAUCAUCAGGCGGUUAUUAUGAAAGGAAAUUUGUACAAAAUGUCUCGUAAUAAGGAGAAAUACGAGAGUGCAAACAGACGACAACAGAUUUUUAUGUCAGCAGAAGAUGUGGCUGCUGGCAAAAAAUCAUCUUGGACUGGUAUUGAGAUAACAGGAUGCGUGCGCAACAUCAGUCCAUCGUUAUGGGAAUUCGAACAUCUAACAGCUUUGUACCUUAACGACAAUCAGCUGUUGCGUUUGCCUGCCGAUAUUGGUUUGCUAUCUAAUUUGCGUACAUUGGAUUUAUCAAGCAAUAAGUUGCGCAGCUUGCCUGCUGAACUAGGCGAGCUAAUACAACUGAGAGAACUUUUGUUGAACAACAAUUACUUGAGAGUUCUUCCCUAUGAAAUCGGCAAACUUUUUCAUUUGCACAUCCUGGGAUUAAUGGGAAACCCAUUGCAAAAAGAAUUUCUAUCCAUCUAUAACGAACCAAAUGGCACUCAGAAACUCUUAACAUAUAUGCUAGACAAUUUAUCAGUUUCCAUAACACCUCCGCCACAACGCCCAUGGAUACCAUUAGCAAAACCGAACAAAUCGAGACCAGCUUGCAUCUUUACAGUUAUGUGUUACAAUGUUUUGUGUGACAAAUACGCCACACGACAGAUGUACGGAUAUUGUCCGUCAUGGGCCUUAAGUUGGGAGUAUAGGAAAAAGGCGAUACUUGACGAAAUCCGCCACUAUUCGGCGGAUAUCAUCAGUCUGCAGGAAAUCGAGACAGAUCAGUUUUACAAUUUCUUUCUACCCGAGCUGAAGGCAGACGGCUAUGAGGGCAUUUUCUCGCCGAAAUCACGUGCCAAGACUAUGUCGGAUAUGGAACGUAAAUUUGUGGACGGUUGCGCAAUCUUCUUUCGAGGUGCAAAAUUCACGUUGAUUAAAGAACAUUUAAUCGAAUUCAAUCAAUUGGCUAUGGCUAACGCUGAGGGUUCGGAUAACAUGUUAAAUCGUGUAAUGCCGAAGGACAAUAUCGGUUUGGCAGCGCUGCUGAAAGUGAAGGAGACUGCCUGGGAUCCGAUGACGGAAAUGGCACAACUUUCUCAACCGUUACUCGUUUGCACUGCGCACAUUCACUGGGAUCCCGAAUUCUGCGAUGUUAAACUCAUUCAGACGAUGAUGUUGAGCAAUGAACUGAAGAGAAUCAUCGACGAGGCGAGUCAUAGCUUUAGGCCUGGCCAUAAGAGUGACUCGAGCAGCGUUCAACUCUUGUUGUGUGGAGAUUUCAAUUCUUUACCCGAUUCAGGUGUAAUCGAGUUCCUUGGUAAAGGGCGUGUAGUAAUGGACCAUCAGGACUUCAAGGACAUGGGCUAUAAAUCAUGCCUGCAACGUCUACUUUCAAAUGACACCAACGAAUUUACGCAUUCAUUUAAGUUGGCCUCCGCCUACAGUGAAGACAUAAUGCCGCACACAAAUUACACAUUCGAUUUCAAGGGCAUAAUCGAUUAUAUCUUCUAUACGAAAACUGGUAUGGUGCCGCUCGGUUUGUUGGGUCCCAUCUCGAAUGAUUGGUUGCGUGAAAAUAAGGUGGUUGGCUGUCCGCAUCCGCAUAUACCAUCGGAUCAUUUUCCUCUGCUGGUCGAAUUGGAAUUGAUGUAUACGGCGGGACAGCAAGCGCCACCCAAUGGGCUGAUCAACCGACGGUAGCAAUAAAAAUCCGGCAGCUAAAUAGUAUAACAACAAUAGCAAGGAACGCUGAGCAUUCAAAAGCAGUAGCUGCAACAACAACAACAACCACGACCACAUUUUUAGUGUAACUAAGUGACAACAACAACAACAACAAAAACCAAGCAACAAAUCGACAUACAUACAUGCAGUUAGACAAAUAGUAAUUCAUACUAACAAAUAGGCAUGCGCACACUCACAUUUACAUACAUACAAAUAUACCACCAUACACCAAGUUACAACAAAAGGAAACAAACAAAAACAGUACAUCAUACAUAAAGACCAACAAAAACAAAAGGAAAAAUGCCCACAUCAACGAGGAUAACAAACCCGUAAAUGGAGUAGAAAAACAAGAAGAAUAUUUGCAUAAAUUUUAAGUUUGUAAAGCUAGUAAAUAUGUAGUUCUAUAACUUUCAUAUAUUUAUCUUUCCUCCUAUCAUCCCUAACUAAGCUUAACUUCCCCUUUCCCAACCACCGACUACUCUAUUAUCCUCCUACAUUUUUCAUUCCCUAUAUAAUUAAGCUCAAUAUACUUAUAUGUAUGUAUGUGUAUACCAUAGCAGCAGGUUCAAAGUGCAUUAUUGCCGAUUGACGUUACCUUAUUAAGUAGCUCGGCAAGUUUAAACACCGAUAGGGCAACCGCGAAAACAACUUUAAUUCAUUUAUUUCCAAAUUUUUGCUCCGUUUAGCACACAAAAAUAGCUUUCUAAUAGGCAUAUUAUAGAUUAAGUUGUAAAAGUAAGAAAAAAAAAAUCUAAUGGAACAAUUAUAUAUAUGUUAUUGUACAAAAUAAGCUUACUGGCAUGCUUUUCAUAAACUUCCUUCCUUCGGUUUUCAAUUUAGCUAGAAUUUAAAAAGUUUGCCAGAAACGGUUGCAUCGAUUGUAAAAAUAUAUUUUGUAUGCUUUUUUUUUGUUUUGUAAUAUUUGUCGAUAUUUUCGGCUGCAGCAACUUGAAUCUAACCUAAAUGCAAACUUUAAUUCAGUGUAAAAAUUGUUCACUUGUUUUAGAUGACAGCUUCCAACUUAAAAAAAAUUAAUUUCAAUUAAUAUAAUUGUUACUCUCCAUACGUUCUUAGCUUUGCAACUAAAAUCAUAGAUAAUUUUUCUAUCAUUAGCUUUUCUGCCUUAUGCCAUCUGAAACAAAUUACAAUUGACUACUUCGUAGAAGUAUCCUACAAAUAUCUUGAUCGAGUUACAUUGUAAAGCAACGUUUCUCGUGGAUUUCAUACAAGCAUACUUUCAUGUACUCAUACGCUCCGCUAUCUUUUGCGUCGUUGCGAAACGCCUGGCGGCUAUGUUGGCACGCUUUUUAUUACACCCAUUCCCCAUCCGUCCUCUUACCGAACUACUAUGGGAUUCUGAAAAAGAAGAUGUGAAAUGAGUCAAUACAAGUACGAAUAUGCAUAGCAUAAACAUAAAAAAAAUUGUCAGUUUCUUUUUCCAUAUUUUUAAAUUCAUUAUUUAUUCGUUUAGCAAGUUUUGUUGUUGAAAAUCAUCCUUGGCGUAUUUCAGAAUCACAACGCUAGUUUAUUCCUUACUAUAAUCCCUUGCUAUAAAUGUCUCACGCUUAUAAUUUCAAAAACUUGACUUACGAUCGCCUACAUCGUUUAUAUAAACAUCUAUGUAUUUUUAAUUGAGCCUAAUUUUAAGCUUGCAAUAGAAAAUUCUAAGUUUAUUACUUUAAA